AUGAAACGGACUACUUCAUCAAACUCGGAAGCACAGAGUUACAUCGAAUCGCCACUCUCUCCUCUCCGAUUUCACUCUCCGUUAUCAGAUGCCGGAGAUCCACCGGAGAGCCGUUACGUCUCGCCAGAGGGAUCUCCGUUCAAAAUCGACAACCCGAAGGCGAUCGUAACCGACGGCAAGUUCACUCAGUUCUCGCCUCUUUCCUCUCCGAUUCCGCCUCCUCCUCCUCACUACCCGCCGCCGCAUCAGAGGAAUGCGAGAGCCCCGGUGAAUUCUUCUUCCGAUAAGUCUCCGUCGUCUAUGGUGGUGUUCAAUAGCUGGGUCAGAGAGGAAGGUCCACAGAAUACGACGACGAGGAAGGUUGGACCUCCGACGACGACGAACGGCGGAGAAUCUGCGACGACGACGGUGAACAGAGCAAGACGGGACGACUUGGUGAGCGUGGCGGCGCUAGGGUUUAGAGUGAGCGAAGUGAUUUUGUGCGUGAUUUCGUUCUCAAUCAUGGCGGCUGAUAAAACUCAAGGAUGGAGCGGAGAUUCUUAUGAUCGCUACAAAGAGUACAGGUAUUGUUUGGCUGUAAACGUUUUAGCAUUCGUUUACUCUGCGUUUGAAGCUUGCGACGCUGCUUGCUACAUCGCGAAAGAGAGUUAUAUGAUAAACUGCGGAUUUCACGACAUAUUCGUUUUCUCCAUGGAUCAACUUCUUGCAUAUCUUCUAAUGUCGGCUUCUUCGUGCGCUGCUACUCGAGUUGAUGAUUGGGUAUCGAAUUGGGGAAAAGACGAGUUUACUCAGAUGGCAACCGCUUCCAUCGCGGUUUCUUUUAUAGCGUUUGGGGCGUUUGCGGUCAGCGCUUUGAUUUCUUCUUACAGGCUCUUCACUAAUGCUUCCUCUUAA